AUGGCUCUCCAAGCCUACCGCAACCUCCUCCGCGCAUCACGCCUGACCUUCCAGGGCGACGAGCGGCUCCUGCUGAACGCCCGCAACCAGAUCCGCCUCGGCUUCCGCGAGAAGGCCAGCCUGUCCCCCUCGGACCCGGCCGUCGCGCCGGCGGUGCAGCAAGCUGAAGAGAUCGCUCAGUUCCUGCGGCAGAACGUGGUCCAGGGGCGGGACGAGGGCGAGGGGAGGUUUAAGCUGCGAAUCCAUGAGCAUACCGAGCGGGGCGACAAUGAUACGAUCAAGACGGCUGGCGGGCAGACUAUUAAGAUUGGGGGCGGGUGUUGCUCGAGCUGA